AGGGUGGGGGUGAGUGGGGGAGAGUCUCGCGUGCUGCCCCCUGCGAGCGGCCGGAGGAACCAGGUCUCGCUGACGUAAACACCAACACGUCAGUCAAGAUGGCAGAGGAAAGUCCCAGCAGACAAGACAUCGAGGCCGUUUUUAAGCGACUCCGAGCCAUUCCCACGAAUAAGACAUGCUUUGAUUGUGAUGCAAAGAACCCAACAUGGGCAACCGUAACAUACGGAGUGUUCAUUUGUAUUGACUGCUCAGCAGUGCACCGCAGCUUAGGGGUGCAUUUGACGUUCGUUAAAUCCACGCAAUUAGACACCAACUGGACAUGGAUCCAGCUGCGAAGUAUGCAGCUUGGAGGCAACUCCAAUGCGAGAACCUACUUCAACCAACACAACUGCACCACGAAAGAUUCCCAGCAAAAAUACAACUCCCGUGCAGCCCAACUGUACCGAGAGAAGCUCUCCCAGAUGGCCAGACAAGCCAUGAAAAUCCACGGCACAAGGGACAUCAGCACAAAUGGGACGAAUGAUGCUUCUGACGGUGCUCCUAAUGUAGAGAUGGCUCUCAACAUGUCCGCCACCGAUGCCCAGAAACUGGCAUCCCAGCCGCAUAAAUCAACCAUUGGCCAGCGGAAACCGGCUUCCAAAGUAGAAGCCAGUGGUUCCACUUUAAAGCUGGGAGCCAAGAAAGGUGGGGGUCUAGGAGCCCAGCGUGUGAAAAAAGAUUUCUCUGCCAUUGAGAAGGAAGCUGUCCGCAAUGACCAGCUCAGACAAGAAGCCAAAGCCACCGAACUUUCAAAGGAGGAGCAACAGCAAUCGUUACAAAGUUUAGAGCGUGCUUAUGAAGAUAUGAGCAUUGCUGGGAAACGUGAGGAGGAGCGAAUGAUGAGAGUGGACCCCAAGAAGGCACAACAGGCAGAGCGACUUGGCAUGGGCCUGGGAGCUCGCAGUGGAGCAUCACACAGCAUGUUUGGUGAAAUGAAGACCAUAGAGCAAGAGACACCAGUUGGAGCCAAGUCGAAUAGAAGUAACAACAACAACUUCCGUGAUGAUGACAUAGAGGAGGACUUCGAGACUAUAAUAAGGUUUUCAUCUGGACCACCAAAGUAUCGUGACAGCCCGUUUGAAGACAGAAAUAACUUUGGCUUUUCUGGAGGAAAAGGGUCUGGCAUUGAUGACCUCUUAGGCAACAAGUCCUCAAUGACUUCCUCGUCAUCCUGGGAAAACGAAUUUGACAAGUCAAAGUCAUCAUCCGGUGUCAGCUCCUCCAGCAGUCUUGGAUCAAUGUCAUCCUCUAACAAGGUCUCUGCAUCUGCCAACUAUAAGUACACCCCAGUGGAAGAUAAGAAAGCACAACAGAAGUUUGGCAAUGCCAAAGCCAUCUCGUCUGACAUGUUCUUUCAAGAUCGUGACCCAGAUGCUGAAAUGCGUUCAACACUGGCACGGUAUGAAGGAUCAUCGUCCAUCUCAUCAGCUGAUCUGUUUGGGGGUCCACAGACACCAAGGCAGCAGUACAGUGGUGGCUCCAUACAGGCCCCAGACUUGGAUGAAGUCCGUGAAUCAGUGCGACAGGGGGUGACCAAGGUGGCAGGUCGGCUGGGUAACCUGGCAAACAACAUGAUAUCCUCCCUCCAGGACCGUUACAUGUGAAGAAGUCUGGCAAGUGAAUGCGAUCGGUUUCAUACACCUCUGUUUAUUUUUUAUUUUUAUCUUUAUCUUUUAUCAUCAUCAUCAUCUCUUUUUCUUACCUCACUUGAUGCUCUCCAAGCAUCUCUUUGUAGAAGAAGUGAGGAUACAGGUAAUGCCUGUGAUGUUUUUAUUCCACUCAUUGCAUAGUUCUAUUUAUGGUUUGUUUUGUUAGCUGACUUAUUUAUCACAUUAUAUAAUUGAUACAUUAAAUAUUAUUUUGUAAUAUUUUUGAAAGGUAUUGUCUUUUGUACAGAAUGUAAAGUUUAAGGAUUUGAUAUUACAGUACUGACACAAAGAGACUGAAUACUUUAAGGUCAUUCACUGAAGAAACUGCUGAGAAAUUUUGUUAGACCCUCAUUAUUGAAUAUCAGAUGUAAUAUAGCUUGAUGGUUACAUGCAUGUUGAUUGGGGGGGUUUAACAGGGCAGGGUCAUGUGAAGUGAUGCUUUGAUGAAUAUCAGAUAAUAAGAAUUUGAUGUUUGUUCAUAUAUCUUCCUAAGUUUUAAGCUCAGAUAUUUGUAUCAAUUUUAUGCAUAUGGAGGACAUUAUAAAGAUUACUUUUUGUUGUUGAGUUUCUCUUAAAUGUGAGAACUACAGCAGUGUAUAUUGUUAUUUUUAUGGUGCAGUUGAUAAUAAGAUUGAUAAGGCCAUCAUUCAGACUUUACAGUGUAUUUUCCUUUUGGUUAUUCCAGCAAACAUUUUAGUUUGGAUUUCAUUGUCAAAGAUAGAUAAAAAAGGAGUUAAGUGUAUUAUUCUAAAUUUAGAAAAGACUGAGUCAUUUGUAUAAUCAUAUUUUAAAUAUCUAUUACUUUGUAUUAGUAUAUUACAGUCAGCCAGGAGGUUUGAGAACAAAACUUGGUGCCAUCUGAAAUUAAUAAAAAAGACCCAUUUUAAAAUAUAUAUAAAGUUUGCUUUUGUGUUAGAAGAUUAAAAUUUAUUGUUGUAUCUUAUCAUUUAUUAUGUGGUUAUAAUGGGAUUGGGAUUAAAAGCAAAUUUAAA